AUGGAUGAAAAAACAGAGUAUCAUGAUCCAGAUUAUCCAGAAGCGCCGGUCACAGUGAAGGCAGAAAAAUUAGAAAUUUCUGAAGAGGAAAAAAUUGAGAAGAUCAAACACAUAAUUCACCGUGAGUUUUCCAACGAAAUCCAAGAGAGGGAAAACGAAGUAACUCUCAUAGAUCAAAGAUUAUUAACAGCUCGUCGCUACUUGCAUCAACUUCGAUAUACAUUAGUUAAUAAGUACUACAAUGACCAAAGGUUACAGUUAUCCUCCAGUCAGAUAUCAGAUGAUAUUGCAGCUCAAACAGAACCAAGAGCCAAGACUGAGGUGGCACAAUUACUGCGUGAUGGCCAACGCAGGCUACAUCCAUCCGUUAGAAAACUUUUAGGCAAGAAGACAGCUGAUCUUGAUGAGAUAUUCAGAUUCAGAGGACCCAGGAAUAAAACUAGAAAAGACUAUUCUGCUAUGGUCCAGAAGCGCAAUUACACUAUAUCAGCUGAUUCUACGAAGACUCUUCGACCUGAAGGUCAAGAACCAAAAGAGUCUGUUCCAGAAGCCUCUGCGGUAUCAGCCAAACCCAAGAAAAUUCCUCGCCAUAUUGAACCCAAAGUGGAAAAUGUACUGACACUAGACGAAAUUACUAGGAAUAAAAUGAAGCAUAGGUAUAGGAUUGUUAUAGGUAACACUUCCAAGUAUGUGCCGCCUUCUUCCCGCAUCGACAAGUCGACUCACAAGUGGUUGCUCUACGUCCGUGGGCCUCCGCUCAAGCCAGAUCUGUCUUGCAUCAUCACGUCCAUCACAGCGAGGUUGCACCAUUCCUACGCACCGCACCACAAUGUACACUUACGCAAACCUCCAUUCCAAAUAUCUCGUCGCGGUUGGGGCGAGUUUCCUGUCAAACUGGAGCUGCACUUCGCUCUACCCGAGGUCAAUAGGCCCUCUAUAGUCUCGCAUACGAUCAAACUGGACCGCCAUUACACGGGCCUGCAGACGCUCGGUGGAGAAACAAUAGUCGACAUAUAUUUAUAUAGUACUCCAGAUAUGUUGGAAUUGGCAUACAAAGAAGAAGAAGAAACGAAUCCACAAAGCGCAGAAGAUACCCCGCACGCUGAUGCGACUCCACAGACAGAAGCAUCCGAACUUACAGACACAGAAGUUAAGCAAGAACAGAAUGAACCGGAACAAAACGGAAACGAUAGUUGGAUGGAAUUCUUCGAUAACCAGACGUCGGUUAGCGUCGACGAUAUGAUAGUGAAAAACGUACAAGACGAACGGCUACAUAUACCCCCGGAACCGGACGUAAUUGUUCCUAAAGAAGAAACCAAUUUAGACGUGCCCAUAAGCGACGUGGAGCAACCCUGGAGGAAACGCAUCAUGAAGUACAUGGACCCGACCACGGGCAAGAUCUACUACCUCGAAAUGGACAGAGCGCUGGAUCUAAGCAAGGUGAAGGAAAUCGUGAUAAACUCGAAAGGCAACGUGCAGACGGCGACGAUAAGUCCGAUCAAGAGCAACGGCUUGAAGAAGGUGAGGAAGGGCGUGUCCUUGCUCAAGCCGGGCCUGAAGAAUUCGCAACAAACGGACGUAGCGCUCGACCACAUCAUGAACGACCACUGCUACUUAGGGUACAAUUGCUACGAGAGCCAAACGAAUACGCAGCUGAACGAUUUCCAAAAAGUCAUUCCCAGGUUUAGAAAUGUAAGGCAAAGUGUUAAUUACCUGUUGAAGAAGAUCCCGUUGAUAAGCGGCGACGUUCAAAAUAGCGAGUUCGUGAAGUGUUUCCCCUUUGUCGUUGAGAACGAUGAGAAAUAUUGGAAGCUGGAUUUCGCAAAACGACGGAAUAUCGAGUGGUCAAGGGCAAAGUUGAUAAAAGACCUCAUAACUGCCAACUUCACUGGCAGCACGGAACCAUUAUGGCGGACCAAGCAAAUCCUCUGUUUCGCUCGGUUGCACGGCUACUAUCCGAUCAGGCCGGAGAACGUCCACUCGCCUCCAAACAAGCAGACGGACGAGUGGUCCUCUUGGCAUGACGCGGACAAGACGACAAAUCUCGAGUCUAACAUCAGAGAGCUCUACCCGACGGCGGCUGACAUUACGUCACGGUCAACUUUCGACAUUGACAGGUACAAAGUGACAGACGAGGUCGUGCUAUCGGACAGUGAUGAAGAAGUAAUAGACGUGACGGGUGAUAGGAAAGCUACAGCUAAAGCUGUCAGCGAGAGUAAAGACAGCUUAAAUGUGCUACCAAGUGAGACGGAGGAUAAACUAAGGUUUCUCUUUGUGGAGAGGAAAUGUGCCGAUAUCGGGUUGGAAUUGAGGAAUGAAGACGUGGGGCAUGGCUACUGCUAUAGUGCAGUACAUGCAGUUCUAUUGUCUGCGAUGAAGAGCUUCGCCGAAGAACUGAUACGAGAUUCUCUAGCUGUCAAAUUGAUGGAAGGCUCGUCGGUACACCAUCCACCGCCCACGUGGUGCGGGUCUUCGUCUAGGGUGAGCGUACAACUGGAGCACGUGUUCCGAGCUGCCUCGCGACUACCCUUUAUAGCGAACACAGCGCUCGGCACGAAGCCCAAACAAACGCAUACUUUAUAA